AGUCACGCUCGUAUCAUUCCACCUAGCGCACGUUUUUAUCAGCAUUGUAAAGUUUUUAGUAUUGUUUUAUUGUAGUUACGAGUAGUUCAGUGAUUUGGUGAUCAUGGUUUGGGAUGAAGUGAAGCAGUGUUUUGUUCUGUCGGACGCGGUGUGCCUGGUGACGGGCGGGGCGGCCGGCGUGGGCGCCGCCCUCGUCAGCUCAUUGUUGACGGAAAAUGCGCAACACGUAGCAUUUCUCGACAUCGAAGAGAAAAAAGGCGCGGCUCUGGAGACGCAACUCAACGCAAAGUUCGGCGCGCUGAGAGCCAAGUUCAUAAAGUGUGACAUCGCGAACGAAGACGAACUCACACGAGCGUACAAACUAGUCACCGACAAGUACCGACGACUCGAUGUAGUCGUGAACAACGCUGCCUUGCUGAGUAGAGACGGAGAGAACAGCGGCAGAAUGGUUGAUGUUAAUUUUAAAGCGUCAGUGAACAGCACAUUCAAGGCUUUAGAGGCAAUGAGCGCAGAGAACGGAGGCAGCGGAGGGGUGGUGGUCAAUAUAUCCUCGCUCCUCGCCCUGAACCAAGACAGCCGGCUGGCGGUCUACUCCGCCACUAAAGCUGCAGUACUACAGUUCACUGUCACCCUUGGAAAGGAGCCAUUCUACACAAACAGCAAGGUGCGGCUACUGACCGUGUGCCCCGGCCCGACCGACACCGCCAUCUACCACCGACAGAACUUGCAGAAUCACCCCGCACACCUCACGCAACCAUAUUCCCAGAAACAAAGUGUGGAAUCAGCAGUUCUGGGUAUAAUAGAAGUGAUCAAGACUGGUGCAAGUGGAUCUGUGUGGAAGGUCGCUGAUGAUGAACCGGCUCAAGAUAUCUCUCAACAUGUCAAGAAAGGUUUCACGGUGUUUUCUUCGGUUGUGAAAAAAUAAGCUUUGAUCAUAGACCUUUAUUUUAUACUCUGUCCAUCUUA